AGAACUUCCCUCUUCAUUUAGGUAGAAGGCUCUGACAGCUAAGUUAAAAACAGUUAUGCUGAAGUAGACAUCUCACACUCACACACUCACACUCACACACUCUCCUCACUAAAGUCCGGCAGUUAUCAGCAGCCAGCCACCUCAUGGAGCCAAAGAGGAUCAGAGAGGGCUACCUGGUUAAGAAGGGCACUCUAUUGAACUCAUGGAAAGCCGUGUGGGUGGUGCUGUGCGACGACGGACUCGAGUUCUACAAGAAGAAGACCGACACCACUCCCAGAGGAAUGAUCCCUCUCAAUGGAGCCACGCUCACAAACCCUUGUCAAGAUUUUAGCAAGCGAACGCUUGUGUUUAAGAUCAGCACCUCGAAGAAACAGGACCACUUCUUCCAGGCGACACACCUGGAGGAGAGGGAGGCUUGGAUCAAAGACAUCAAGAGGGCCAUCACCUGCUUGCAGGGUGGCAGGAAGUUUGCCAGGAAGUCCACGCGCAAAUCCAUUCGACUGCCUGACACUGUCAACCUGAGUGAACUUUAUGUUUCAAUGAGAGACCCAGCAAGUGGAAUUAAAGAGCUGAAGCUUGAGAAGGAAAAGAAGCUCUACAACCACUGCUUCUCUGGUAUAACACAAUAUAUUCAAUUAAAUUCAAUUUUAUUUAUAUACUGUAGCGUCAAAACAAUAAAAUUGUCUCAGGGCGCUUUAAAGAACCCA